UGCCCGCGGAAGAUGGGGGCGGGCUCGAACGGCUCCAUUUUGCGCCCAUUGGAGGGGCUGCACGGCCGUCCCGCGGUCCCGGCGGCGCCAGCGCCGGGCAGGGCGCGACCGGCUGCCCGUGGCUCUCCCCCUCCCGCUACCUGACCGCCGCGCCUCUCCGUUCCUGGUCUUCGCCCUCCCUCCCACCGGCACCGGGGUGGGGCCCGCGCCCGCUCUUCCCCGAGCCGCCCGGCCCCCGCCGCUGGCCGCGGGCUGAGCGUGUCUUCCAGGGGCGAGGCCCCGUCCCUCAGUGGCGGCGGCUCCAUGGUGCCCGCCGCCCUCCCCCGCCCCGUUGCAACAGGCAGGACGAGGAGGAAGCGGCCCCCGGGGGUCCCCACGGGCCCGCCGCCGGCCUGAGCAGAGCCGCCGCAGCGGGAGCCACCGAAGGGGCGGGGGGCGCCCGCGGGCCGCCGGAGAUGGCGAACCAGCUGGUGAUCCUCAACGUCUACGAUAUGUAUUGGAUGAAUGAGUACACUUCUUCCCUUGGAAUUGGAGUGUUCCAUUCAGGUAUAGAGGUGUAUGGGCGAGAAUUUGCCUACGGUGGUCAUCCAUACCCUUUUUCUGGAAUAUUUGAAAUUUCACCAGGAAAUGCUUCUGAGCUAGGAGAAACGUUUAAAUUUAAGGAGUCUGUAGUUCUAGGCAGUACUGACUUUAUGGAAGAUGACAUAGAAAAAAUAGUAGAAGAGCUUGGAAAAGAAUUCAAAGGAAAUGCUUAUCACCUAAUGCACAAAAACUGCAAUCACUUUUCUUCAUCUUUGUCUGAGAUUCUCUGUGGGAAAGAGAUUCCACGAUGGGUGAAUCGCCUUGCCUACUUCAGCUCUUGUAUACCAUUUCUCCAGAGCUGUCUGCCCAAGGAGUGGCUAACUCCUGCAGCCCUCCAGUCUAGUGUGAGCCAGGAGCUACACGAUGAGCUGGAGGAAGCUGAGGAUGCAGCAGCAUCAGCUUCCUUGGCAAGCUCAGCAUCUGGGUCUAGAACUGGUCGCCAUACCAAAUUAUAAGUCCUCCUCCAAAGUGGUAAAUGAAAAACUUCAGUUUAAUCUCUCCAGCAGCUGACUUCCUGACAGAACAUGAGAGUUCAUUCUAGAACAUUGGGUUUAUAUGCAAAAAAGACUCUCAUCAACCUGUUUCAGCUCAGGAUUAUUUAUGUGGUGAAAAGAAUUGCUGGGAGAAAAGGGAAGGAUUUUGUGUGAAGCCACCCUUUUCAUUUUCACCUGUUUUGUAAACCUUGGUUAUCUUAACAUCUUGUAUAAAGCAGAACUUAAAUUAUUUGUUUACAGUAUUGUGUACUGCUGUUUACAAGUCCUGUAAGGACUCCUGCCACCACGAAGAAGAGAUAAUUUGAGUUUUAUGUAACUGUGGGUAUAACUCAAAAGCAGUGGUAUGACGCCCUGGAUGAACUCUCCACUUUGUUUUCAAGAUUUAAGGCAGGUGAACAUAAAAUUUCUGAGAGGUGCCAGAAACUGCAGAAAUUCUGUAUGUGUGAACAGGGUACUGUGCACUUAAAGUGGCUGAUGUAAACAGGUAGAUUCCAGGAUGUAGGGAGACUGGUUUUGUCUAAGAUCUGUUAUUGGAAGUAUGACCUCUACAUUAAUGAAACUGUGGAUUUUUGCACUUGUGAAGGGAAAUUACUAUCUCAUUACAAUGCACAUUGAUCCUUUUUUUUUUUUUUAACUCAGCCAUGUAGUUUGCAUCCUGUCUUCUGUCUGUAUUUACUGUCUACUUCAACUGGGAUUUAGACAUGUAAAUCAUCAACAAAUUUUUCACCAUCUGCUUUACUUGAUUUCAAGCUUGUAUAUAACAGUUAGUACUUGUACUCUUUUUUGGUUUCAUAUAGUUUGGAUUAGUGUAAUACAAGCCAUUUAUGGUUGGGGAAUGGCCUUGGCUUUUUGCUGCUGAUUUUGCUUCAUUUUAGCUUGUAAACAUUUGUGUCUGUUUUUUUUAGUGCUAAAUUACUGCCCAGUUGUGCAUAUCUGCACAAAUUAUAGAGAAACCCUAAUUUAUUUUCCCACAGUCUCUCUCUGUGAUAGUAACUUUCUUGUCAAAUGUAAUGAAGAAAAACCUGAAAAUUGCUUAUACACCUGCGUGUUUACACAGCAGAACCCACUAAUCUGCACACGUAAUUAUAUCUGAAGGUAAGAGAUAUUAUUUUCUAAAACACAGAAGUAUGUUUGCUGGUAGAUUAUAAUUAGAGCUAAAUUAUAAUUAGUGAUCAGAAUAUAUAACAUAAUGCCUUAUUCUUGUUCACUUACCAAGAGAAUUAAUGGUUCUUCCAGUCAUUAGUGUAAAUUAGUGAGGUUCUAUUGUGCACAUAAGGAUACAGUAGCACAAACAGGAGGGAGAUGAGCUUGUGUGGUUUUUAAGACUUGCUGCCUUAAACUAACAAAGAACAUACCACCUGUAAACUGAUGAGCUCACAGAGUGUGCAUUCCUAGAAGUACAAAUGAUUCUUACAAACUUUUAUUUUCAGUCUGUUGCUGGGUUUAAUUUUUCCAUUAAGUGAAGUACUGACUCUACAGUUUCUGCUGUUCAAAGGGAAAAAGUCCUCUUAGGAGGCAAGAAUGCUUCAUGUAAUGAGUGCUCCUAACCACGGGUAAUCCGUGCCAUUGAACCCUGCAGGAAGGUGUAACUGGCUGUAUCAGAAUUCUGAUGGUCACAAACUCUGACUCAUGCUGGAAACAGGUGGAAGUUUUUCUGAUAGCAGUUGGGUUGAAUCCUUUGUCAGUCUUUAAAUUGUCACUCAUCUUCUGUGAUGCAGUGUAGGUACAGAGAGAGGGAUGCUCAGUUCUGGGGAAAAAAAUCAAGUGAGACUCUCCCUGGAAAGAGUGGGAUAAUAGUAUAAGUUAUAAGUGUGAUUUGGUACAUGUUUUUAUAAUCUAUCAAAGUGGGAAAUGUGUAGAACUGAUAAGUCUGCCACAAACUAUGUUCUCUGGUCUCCAGAAGCUGGACAUAUUGACUCUCCCUGUUGAGUGCUUUUUCACUUGAAUCUCUGAAUUUGAGUUUUCUUUUUUGUCCUGUAGUGAAAAUGAACAUGGUGGUCUCCAGUCAACUCUCAAGCAUUACAGAACUGGAUCUCACACUACUUACAGCUAAGGCAACAGGCCACAGACAGGUUAUUUUGUCUCUGCUGUGCAGCUGUGGUAGAAAUGUGACUUAAGUCUUGUGGCCAAGGCAGGUCCUUUAUUUCAGCUCAGGGUUGAGGCCACUGAUCUAGCAACAUGUACUGUAGCUUUUCCUAGUUUUUAGGAAAAAUAAAUAGAAUGAAUUUUCAUUGCUACCUAACUUUUGUGUACCAAAAUUUGCUUUUUAGGCUUCUGAUAUAUCCAGAGUGCUAGGUCACAAAUCUGUACACCUUCAUGAACACUCACAACUAUAGCAUGUACAAUGCAAGAACAUGACAGAUCACAGCACAGUUUUUAUUUAGAAGUAAAGUGAGACUAUUUUUUAUAAAGCAGACUGAAAAGUUUGUAACAAAAGCAUUCAUUUUGUUGGUAGCUGAAAAUACUGUCUUAUGCUCUUUUUUUCUUGUUGUUUUGUUUGGGGUUUUUGUGUUUUGUUUUUCAUGCAAAACCAUCCAUUUGUAAGUUCUGUGAGGAAACUGACAUCUGAACCCUGAAGACUGUUGGGUAUUGUAUCAAAGCACGUGGUGCUGUAGUUUCAGUCACCUGCUGUCAAUUCAGCCUCCACUUGAUGCCUCCAAGAAGUCACCCUGCCAGUGGUUUCUCUGAUUUGUUAGCAAUAGAGCAAGUUACCUUUCACCAGCAUUACUGCCAAGCAGGGAUUACUUUAGCCUACUAAUGACCACACUGUGCUAGGACUAGAACACUCCAAAAUGCUGUAAGAAAGCUGGACACCUGUGGAGACUUUUCCAUCAAAACGGGUAGAAAAAUAUCACUACUUCAGGGUUCUGCUCUGUUUACUUUCUCAUUUUUGUUUAAUUUUCUGUAAGAUAGUAGUUUUUAUACACAUUACCUUCCUAAAGUCAUUUUAUUUAAAUGCCAUUUUCUGUUCAGCAAGCCAAAAAAAUCCAAUAUACUGUCAGAGUGCACCAGUAACUUCAGAGUGGCUUGGUAAAAAUGUAGUUGCAUUACUUCUAAAACUUGCAAUGCAAUUCUGAUCACUAUUGAUACAUGAUAAUUUUCACUGUUGGAGGUUGGUUUCAAGCGGAAUAUUCACUGAUGCAUUUUUUGUAAACUUGUAUUCAAGUUUACUUUACUACAUAGUAUUUGUAUAAAAUUCAGAGAAUUUUGACUUUUGUUACCUGUACAUGGCAACAAGUUGUCUAGCAUCUGAAACUUAAAUCCAUCAAUGGUUUAUUAAAAAUACUUUUAUAAAAAAAAG